AUGGCUCGGGAUGGGUCAGGAGCCGCAGCAGAGCAGUCGGGGCCCCACGGUGUGACCGUCUAUUAUAUUGUCGAGUCUCUUGAAUUGACGGAGAAACGGGUAAGCGAGCUAGGCGGAAGCGUCAUUCAGGCGAAGACGACGGAGAGUGCGUAUGGUUCGCUUAUGAAGUUCAGCGAUCCAGAGGGGAACAAAUUCGGUUGUUAUGAGGUGCGCCGUUAA